AUGGAGCCUUAUAUAUUUCAAGCAUUGGUUGAUCGUCUAAGAGAAAAAUCUCUCCUCUGCAACUCAAAACGAACAACAGUCGAGGAGCAACUAGCAAUGUUCAUGUACACUCUAGCUCAUAAUGCUAGUAACCGUGAUGUGCAAGAGCGAUUUCAACAUUCUGCAAAAACGGUUAGUCGAUAUUUUAGUAAAGUACUUAAAGCUGUUAAUCGACUAGCUCGUGAAUAUAUAGAACCUCCAUCGACACUGACAUCACAGGUUAUUCAGAAUACCCGAAAAUUUUUCCCAUAUUUCAAGCUGGUUGGGAAGGUUCUGCUUCCGACGCUAGGAUUCUCCAACGUUCGAUUGAACAAGAAUCAUGUUGAACGCAUCAUCGGCAUUUUGAAGAUGAGGUUUCCAAUCCUUAAAGUAGCAACUUUCCACCCAAUAGACUCUCAAACUGAUAUAGUGGUUGCUGCUUGUAUGUUGCAUAACUUCAUCCAUAUACAUAAUGGUACAGAUGCUGUUGAGGAUUUCGAUAAUGAAGCCAACGAAACUAUUGUUCCUAAUGGAGAUGAGUCAUACGGAGAAGAUAUUGAUACCAUGAACUCUGAGCUAACUGCAGGUGCUCGUAAAAAAGAUGAAAUAGCAAUGCAAAUGUGGAAUGAUUAUUGUAGUUACCGCCGAGCCUAA